AUGUCUGCCUGUCUGAUCUCGAUGAUAAGUGUUGAAAUACUGCUUAUGACUGUGUCAUGCACCUGUUUCCUCAUUGUACCUGAAGAGGGCAGCCUUGCAGGAGGAACUUGGAUCACAGUAAUUUUUGACGGUCUGGAAUCCGAUUUUCUUUAUCCUGCCAAUGGCUCUCAGCUGGAGAUAAACUUGGUCAAUGUGUUUAAACCUGCAUCCCUGAGCAUCCCCUGUGAUAUCACUCCUAUCUUCUUGGAUUUGCCAGUCGUGAUGUGUAAGACCAGAUCUCUGCCCUCUGGUGCACAUGAGGGUCUGUACUACCUGGAAGUGAGCUCUGGGGGACAGGUGAUAGGCAGUGAAGGCUCAGGACCACAGGACAGCUGUACUUUCCAGUUUUCCAGGGCACAGACUCCCAUUGUUCACCAAGUGAGUCCAUCAAGUGGAGUUCCAGGAAAAAUCAUACAUGUGUAUGGCCGGAUUAUGACAGGAAGAUUGGAAAGUUUUGAUUUGGAUGCUGAGUACAUUGAUAGCCCAUUGAUUCUGGAAGCCCAAGGAGAUGAAUGGGUCACUCCAUGCUCGUAUAUAAACAGGAAGACAGGAAGUAGUUACCCUAUUCAGGAAUACCAUGGUCUUGGAACUCUGCAGUGCCGCGUGGAAGGCAACUACAUAGGCUCCCAGAAUGUAAGUUUCUCAGUAUUUAACAAAGGAAAGUCACUGGUUGAUAAGGCGGCAUGGCUGAUUAGUGCUAAGCAGGACCUUUUCCUCUACCAGACACAUUCAGAACUGCUCUCUGUGUUUCCAGAAAGUGGGAGCCUUGGCGGAAGAACAGAUAUCACAAUUACGGGAAACUUCUUUGACAGUCCCGCCCAGGUUACCAUUGCAGGUCUUCCAUGUGCUAUCAGACACGUGUCCCCCCGAAAGAUUGUGUGCACCACCAGGGCUCCAGGAAAUGGGGCGAGGCUAGAGGCUCCUCAGCCAGGCAAUCGAGGGCUCCUUUUUGAAGUUGGAGAUGCUGAAGAGGAUGCAGGCCUGACUGAGACCACUUCUGGAUACAGCUGGCAAAUUGUACCUAACGCCAGUUCUCCAUUUGGAUUUUGGUCAAACGAAGGACAACCUUUCAGAGCACGGCUCCGUGGGUUCUUCAUGGCCCCAGAGACAAACAAUUACACGUUCUGGAUUCAGGCAGACAGCCCAGCUUCCCUCUACUUCAGUCAAUCAGAGGAUCCAAGGGCCAAGGUGAAAGUGGCAUCUAUCAGGGAGGGCAUUGCUGACUGGUUUGACUCUUGGGAGCAGAAUGAGAAUGAAGGGAUUUGGCAACAGAAGACUCCCAAGUUGGAGCUGUCCCAUGGAGCCAGGUACUACUUGGAAGCGGAGCAGAAUGGGAAAGCCCCCAGCAGGGGGAUGAGAAUUGGCGUGCAGAUCCACAACACCUGGCUGAACCCCGAGGUGAUCAACACUUACCUUCGAGAGAAGCAUCAGAUCAGAGUCCAUGCCAAGAGGCUUCCAGAAAUCCAGAUGCUGACAGUGACUGGAAAUGGGCAUUUUCUCCUGAUAUGGGACAAUGUCUCUAGUCAGCCAAUGGUUGCCAAUGCCACAGCCCACCAGAUUCAAACAGCCAUUGAGGAGUUACUUGCAGUCAAAUGUCAAUUGGAACCCCUUUCGGCAAACACCCUCCUCCGACUCGGAUUCGAACAAGGCCUAGACGUUUCCAGCUCUGAUGGGCAGCUCACCAGUAGGACAGAGCCCUUCUGUGGAAGAUAUAGCCUCUCCCAGCCUCGACAUCUUGUCUUGAUUCCCCUGACUGCCCCCCAGGGCUACUGGCUCCAUCAGUAUUCACAGCUGUGCAUGGCAUUCAAGGGCCACAUACAGGAUCUCCUGAAGGUGACCCUGUACUUCACAACUGACUUUCAAAGCAGCAUGAGGAAGAAUAUCACCUGUGACUGGCAUCUCCCCCGCCCUGAUCCCAGCAAGUGGCGGUUCACUUGCACUGACCUCUGGAAAACUUGUGUACUUGGUUCCACCCCUCUUCAGAUACCGUCGGCAAACUCUGAGUAUUUGGUUCAUCGGAUCGAUCUCCACCCUCUGAGUCAGGGACCAGGCACAUUCUACGUGGAUGAAAUUAUCAUUGCAGACAGAAACCUAACAGUUUUUCAGGCUGAUUCGGGAACAGCGCGUCCAGGUGGGAAUCUGGUGGAAUCACUCUCUGUGGAUGGAGCUCCUCCAGUGUACAAUGUGACAGCCUGGUCCUUGGGGUGUGGCCAGGAACUUCCUCUUAUCACUGCGAGCCCUGUGCCCAGUGAAGGAGCAGAGGACGGUGCUGAGCUGAUUCAGGUGAGAACCCAGAGACUGCAGACGACAAGUCCACCCUUAGGAGGAGACUUUCGCAUCCAGCUCUCUGACACAGUGAUUCCAGGUAUCCCUGCACACAUCUCAGCCCAUCACCUUCAAAUACUCUUACAGAAAAAUGCUGAUGACUUCACAUCCAGGUACCUCAAUGCCAGUGACUUCACAGUGACUGAGGAUCAAAAAUCUUGCUAUGAACAUGUGUGGACCCUCUCCUGGACCACCCAGGUUGGAGACUUGCCCAAUUUCAUCAGGGUCUCUGACGAAAACCUAACUGGGGUGAAUCCUGCUGUCACCAUCCGUGUGGUCUAUGAUGGAGGCGUUUUCCUGGGACCUAUAUUUGGAGACAUGCUGUUGACUGCCCAUCAGCACACUCAGGUGGCUGUCAAAGUGAAUGACAUACCAGCUCAUUGCUCAGGUUCCUGUACUUUUCAAUACCUCGAGGGGUCGACUCCCCUCAUCCAUUCAGUGUGGUAUUCACUCGAUGGGGACAUUGACCUGCUGGUGUAUAUCACUGGGACACAUUUCUCUGGGGACUCACAGUCCUUGCAAGUUACAGUGAACGAAACAAGCUGCAAAGUCAUUUUCUCAAACUUCACAAAUGUGGUCUGUCGGGUGAGCCUGCUUCCUGUUGGACUGCAUCGGGUCCUGAUGAUGGUGAGACCCUUUGGUCUUGCCAUCAGUGCCGAUGGAGGAGGCCUCUUCCUGCACGUGCAACCCAAACUGGCUUCUGUGGAUCCUUCCAGAGCUGCAGAGAUUGGAGGGACCUGGACGACCAUCCAAGGCUCUAAUUUGGAAGAUGUGAGUCUAGUGUUAUUCGGAUCUCAGUCGUGUGCCAUCAACAGCACCCUAAGCAAUUCACGAAGAAUUAAAUGCAAAGUACCACCCAGGGAGAAAGAUGGUGCCACUGUGAAUGUGACGGUGAUGAUCGGGGACCAUUCUGCAGUUCUUCCCAUGUCAUUUACCUAUGUCUCCUCUUUAAAUCCAGUGAUUACCUCUUUAAGCAGAAAUAGAAGCAGCAUGGCAGGAGGUGAGACCCUUUUCAUUGGAAUGAUGCUUCUGCCGAACUGCACAGACUUGGACGUGGAGGUCUAUAUCCAGGAUACCCCAGCUCGGAUCGUUGCACUGACAUCCCAGGGCCUGGAGGUGGCACUGCCUGCACUGCCAGCUGGUCUCCACAAUAUCUCUGUCUUCAUUAAUGGCAUCAGCAUUUGCUCACAAGGGAUUGAUCUUCAUAUUCAAUACAUCACAGAAGUUUUCAGCAUUGAGCCAUGCUGUGGGUCCCUUCUGGGCGGAACCAUCCUCAGCAUCUCUGGACAAGGGUUCAGUCGGGACACCGCCUUGAUCCGGGUCCUGGUGGGCAAUAGCUCCUGCGCCCUGGUCACCUCCACGGACAGCAGCAUCUGGUGUGAGACCCCACCGGCCCCUGCGCUGCCAGGCGCGGGCGCUGUGGCCCUCACGGUCGCGGUGGACAUCUGCACCGGCCUGGGACCCUCAACCUGUGGACUGUCCCCAGGCCUGAUGGGCAAGCGCUUCAACUUCACCUACGAAGCCACUGCGACCCCCGUGGUCACCGCACUGCAGGGCACCGUUGUGGCCGGCAGCCUGCGGUUCUCGGUGCUGGGAAUCCACGUCGUGGGCGCGGUGCUGAGUCUGGGGGACCUGGACUGCAGGCUGGGGACCGGGCCUCCCCGGAGGGACCCCGGCUGGGCCUCGUGCUCCUUCCCUCUCCGCGGCCUGCGCGCCGGCGCCUACCCUCUCCAGGCGCGCCACGAGCACUUGGGGUGGGCCGAUCUCUCCACGGUGGACCCACGCUUCGUGGUGACCCCCCAGAUCGUGUCCAUCUCCCCGAGGCACGGGUCGGCCUGCGGCGGGACAGUCAUCACCGUGCGGGGAUGGGCCUUGCGGCCCCUCGCGGGCUCCGUCCACCUGCGCCCCUCUGGUCCUUUCGCCUGUGAGCCUUUGAGCUGGGGGGACCAGAUGGUCCUCUGCCAGGUGAAGCCGGUGGGCGACCCCCGCCCCGACACCCCCCACGUGUUGAACAUCACUCUGCUGGCGGGUGGGCUGGCCAGCGACUGUCUGGACACUUGCACGGUCCUUCUCUCCCCAGAGGCGACGCCCUUGGUGGAAGCUUUUGCGGCCCAGGUCACUGGGGCUCUGACCACGGUGCUGAUUUGGGGCCAGCGCUUAGGCAGGGCCCCCGGGGAACUGCAGGUGGUGGUGGACACUCACCUUCCGUGCACCACAACUUUCUGGAAUAGAAGCCACGUGGCGUGUGAGGUCAGCGACCUGAGCCCUGGACCCCACAGCGUUUCUGUGUUUGACCCUGGAAAUGGGGAUGCUUGCUUUGGCAACAUUUCCAGACGCUUCCACAUCUGGCCUCAAGUGUUUCAUUACUUCCCCAAGAACGUCAGCCUGCUCGGUGGGAACUUGUUGACGGUGGAGGGCUCAACUCUGAGAGGCCAGAACUCCACCUCAGUGUCCGUGGGCCAGCGGGCUUGCCUGACCGUGAGCAUCAGCUCCGUGCUCCUUCAGUGCGUGCUUCCUGCUGGAAACGGUACCCAGAGCUUGGUCUUAGAGGUGGAUGGAAUUUCUUUCCAGAUGGGGGUCAUCGACUAUAGCCCUGCCUUCACCCCAGAAUUGCUCUCCAUUUCUUGGACAGAGGAAGUCUUAACCCUGGAGGUGGCCCGCAUCUCAGGAGCUGAGAAUAUGGACAUUUUCAUAGGGCCAUCACCGUGUCUGGGCAUCUCUGGGAACCACUCUGUUCUGCAGUGCCCACUUCCAGCCCUGCCUGCCGGGGAGUACCUGGUCAGGAGUUUUGACCGCAGAAGGGGAUGGGUGUCCUCUGCCCUGGUGUUCACAUCCAGAGCCGCUGUUACGGCCGUGACCGAGAACUUUGGGGGCCUCGGAGGAAAGCUGGUGCAUGUGUUUGGAGUAGGAUUUUCCCCAGGGAACAUGUCCGCUACCAUUUGUGGCGUUCCCUGCCAGAUCCUGGCUAACGCGACAGUGUCAGCUUUCAGCUGCUUGGUUCUGCCCCUGGAUGUUUCCUUGGCUUUCCUGUGUGACCUGAAGCUGGGGGAGGAAGACUGUGAAAAUCCCUCCCCAACCUUUGUGCAAUGUGAUUUAACCGUCGCCUUGGGGACCAGCACGCUGUCAGAAUCUUGGUCCUACCUCUACGUCUGUGAAGGAAGUUCCCAGCGCUUCUUUGCUACAGCUCGCUGGACAGAGUCGGUCUCGCCGAUGUUCUCAGGACUCUUCAUCAGCCCUAAAGUGGAAAGAGAUGAAGUUCUCAUCUAUAAUAGCUCCUGUAACAUUACCAUGGAAACUGAGGCAAAGAUAGAGUGUGAGACGCCUAAUCAGCCAAUUACCGCCAAGAUUACUGAGAUACACAGAAGCUGCGGCCAGAACACUCAGGGCAAGCUCCCGGUCCAGUUCUGCCGGAGAUGGUCCAGGGCUCACAGCUGGUUUCCCGGGAGACAGCCACUAGAUGGCGACAACGUCACGGUGGAGGAGGGCCACUCGCUCCUGCUGGACACCAACACCAGCAUCCUGGGCUUCUUGCACGUCAAAGGGGGCAAGCUGAUCUUCAUGGACCCAGGACCCAUCGAACUCAAGGCACACUCCAUCCUGGUUUCUGAUGGUGGUGAGCUUCGGAUUGGAUCUGAGGACAAACCCUUUCAAGGCCAAGCUCAGAUCACACUAUACGGAAGCUCCCACUCUACCCCAUUCUUUCCUUAUGGGGUCAAAUUCUUGACCGUGAGGAAUGGAACUCUCUCCUUGCAUGGGUUGCUCCCAGAAAUAUUGGUCACCCAUCUCCGAGCAGCUGCUUAUGCCCACGAUACAGUGUUGGCUCUGGAAGACCCUGUGGACUGGCACCGGGGUGAUGAAGUUGUCAUCAUCAGUGGAGUGGGUGUGGACGGUGCUGAAGCCGUGGAAGAAGUUGUCAUUGUGGAAACUGUCCAUGAUUCAAACUUGCAUCUGAGGGAUCCCUUGAGAUAUUCUCACAACUUCUCAGAGCUCUGGGUAGCUGGAAAGCACCACAUCCUAAAGGUCACAGUGGCCCUACUCACUAGGAAUGUGACCAUAAGAGGCAAUCUCACUAAUGAAAGGGCUGAAGUCCUUGCUGCAUGCCAAGAAACCAAUGCUCUAGAAGGUAACUUGCACAACUGCUUUUAUUCCAAGAGUGAGAAGACACUAGGAUCCAGGGAUCUGGGAGCAAAGGUCAUCAUUCAGUCCUUCCCAGAGAAGCCCAGCCGGGUCCAGUUGAAGGGAGUGCAGUUCCGGGACUUGGGGCAAGCUUACAACAAGCAUCUGAACGCUCUCACUCUGGUGGGAUCUCUGAGAGGGUCUUACAUUCAGGGCUGCACCGUGUGGGGGUCCUUCAGCAGAGGUCUCAGCUUGCCCAGGACUUGGGGCCUGAAGGUCGACAGCAACAUCUUCUACAACAUUUUAGGACAUGCACUGCUGCUGGGUACAUACUUGGAGAUAAGAUCCAUUCCUUGGGAGUCUAUUCCUGGAAAUAAAAAUGGUAAGAGUGUCAAGGGAAAUAUCAUAAGAAACAAUGUGAUCAUCAGUAUUUUGGGCGCCGAGGGACUUUCCAGUCUUGAAAUGCUGACAUCAUCUGGAAUCUAUAUCCGAAACCCCACCAAUGCUAUAGAGGGAAACAAGGUGUGUGUUGCUGGUUAUGGUUUCUUUUUCCAUCUUGUGACCAACCAAACAUCUCAAGAACCACUUAUAUCCUUCACUCAAAAUAGUGCACAUUCCUGUAUAAGGUAUGGGCUUUUUGUGUAUCCUCAGUUUCGGCCCCCGUGGGAUGAUGGCACUGGGGUCACUGUGUUCCAAAACUUCAAGGUUUGGGGAAGUGCAGGUGGUGUCCAGAUUUUUAGAAGUAGAAAUCUGCAUCUGAAAAACUUCCAAGUUUAUGCAUGUAGAGAGUUUGGAAUUGAAAUCUUAGAAAGUGAAGCAAAUACUUCCAUUACUGAUAGCUUGUUGCUUGGUCAUUUUGCCCAAAAGAGAAGUCAAUGUAUGUCAGCUGGGAUCAAAACUCCCAAGAGACAAGAACUGAUAAUAUCUAAUACCACCUUUGUUAAUUUUGAUUUCACUGACUGUGUGGCAAUCAGAACCUGUUCUGGCUGUUUCCAGGGACAGGGUGGCUUUACUGUGACGACCAGCCAGUUGAAAAUCAUAAACUCUUCAAAUUUAGUAGCAUUCCCAUUUCCUCAUGCAGCAAUUUUGGAAGACCUGGAUGGGUCUUUAUCUGGGAGAAAUAGAAGUCAUAUCCUUGCCUCGAUGGAAACCCUUUCGACUUCUUGUUCAUUUGAUCCAAGUUUCAGUCAGAUUGUCCAAGGAAGUGUCUGCGGGGAAGAAGUGCUCUUUCAUCGUAUGUCGAUUGGUUUAAUGAAUGCUCUCAGUGUUUCCUAUGAUUUAACCAUAACUGACAGCAGAAAUAAGACCACCACUGUCAAUUACGUGAACAAUACAUUGUCUAAUCGCUACGGCUGGAUGGCUCUGCUCUUGGAUCAAGAGACUUACUUGCUGCGGUUUGAGAUUCCUUGUAUCAAUGGAUGUCUGCAGUACUCAGCAACGUUUGACAACUUUGCUCCCGGGAGUUUCCUACUGCUGACUCACCCCAUCCGAUGGCCCGAUGCUGACAUCCUGAUAAAGUGUGGCAGUCGAGUGGGAAGGUGUCUUCCAACGCCCCCAUCUCCUGGUCGGGACCAAGGCUGUGACUGGUUCUUCAACCGGCAGUUGAGGCAACUUAUCUAUUUGGUUUCAGGUGAAGGACAAGUUCAAGUACUCCUCCAGGUGAAAGAGGGUGUCUCCCCAACUAUUUCUGCUUCUACUCCUGUAUCUGAGUCAACAUUAGAGUGGUCUCUCCCUGAAACAUGGACUGGCGUUGAAGAGGGCUGGGGAGGAUAUAACCAUACAGUUCCAGGCCCUGGGGAUGAUGUCCUAAUUUUACCCAACAGGACCGUCCUUGUGAACACAGAGCUUCCCUUCCUCAGAGGCCUCUACGUGAUGGGGACCUUGGAAUUCCCUGUGGACAGAAGCAACACGCUGAGCGUGGCCUGCUUGGUCAUAGCAGGUGGGGAGCUGAAAGUAGGUACUUCGGAAAAUCCUUUAGAAAAAGGGCAAAAGCUUCUGAUCGUCCUCAGAGCCUCAGAGGGAAUUGUUUGUGAUCGUUUCGGUGGAAUUCGUAUCAAAGCAGGAACAAUUGGAGUUUAUGGAAAACUUCAGCUUUGUGGUGCAUAUACUACAAAACCCUGGACUCACCUUAGCACUGAUAUCGCCUCAGGAAAUGAGAGAAUCAUAUUAGAGGACUCCGUAGAUUGGCAACUCCACGACAAAAUUGUUCUCAGCUCCUCCUCUUAUGAGCCUCAUGAAGCAGAAGUCCUUACUGUAAAAGAAGUUAAGGGCCACCAUAUUUGGAUUCAUGAAAGACUCAAAUACAGGCACAUCGGAAGUGUCCAUGUCACCGAGGACGGCCGAACCCUCCGCCUCGCUGCCCAGGUGGGACUUUUGACCCGAAAUAUCCAAAUCCAGUCUGACCUGCCUUGUCAGGGGAGGCUGCUUGUGGGGUCCCUUAGGACGUCCAGCAGUGAACAAUUUUCAGGUGUCCUUCAGCUUUGGAAUGUAGAGAUCAAGAACUUGGGCUCCCCUUCGUUUUCAGCCAUUGAACUCAGUAAUGUGUCAGCAGGAUCCUGGAUAUUAUCUUCUACCAUCCACCAAAGCUGUGGUGGGGGCAUUUAUGCAGCUGCCAGUGAUGGGAUCAUUUUGAAUGACAACGUCGUGUUUGACACAGUUGGUCAUGGCAUGGAUUUAGAGGGCCAGACUUAUUUUCUCUCUAAUAACCUUAUGAUCCUGAUAAGACAGUCAACCUGGUCCACCACUUGGGUGGCUGGAAUCAAAGUGAACCUAGCACAGAACAUCACCCUCCGUGGCAAUGUUGUGGCAGGAUCAGAGAGACUUGGCUUUCAUAUCCAGGGCCACAGGUGUUUCCCUCCUGAAGAUAUUUGGUCUGACAAUGUGGCUCACUCAAAUCUUCAUGGCCUUCAUCUUUAUAAGGAUGGUGGAGUUGACAACUGUACGAGAAUCUCAGGCUUCUUGGCAUUCAAAAACUUUGACUAUGGUGCCAUGCUGUAUGUGAAGAAUAGUGUGGAGAUAGAGAACAUCACUCUGGUAGACAAUGUGAUCGGUCUAUGGGUAACAGUCUAUGUGUUAUCUGUUCCACAAAGCUCUACAGAAAAGGUGCAGAUUGUGCUCAGAAAUUCCAUCAUUGUGGCUACCAGCUCCUCUUUUGACUGCAUUCAGGACAGAAUUAAACCUUGCUCUGCCAAUUUGACCUCUAGUGAUCGUGCUCCGUCUAAUCCAAGAGGGGGUCGAGUUGGCAUUCUGUGGCCUGCGUUCACAUCCAAACCAAGUCAGUGGCCUAAGGAUCCCUGGCACAAAGUGAGGAAUAGCCAUUCCAUUUCAGGCAUCAUGAAACUUCAAGAUGUCACCUUUUCUAAUUUUGUGAAAAGUUGCUCUAGCGAUGACUUGGAUGUGUGCAUUCUGCCCAAUGCAGAAAAUACAGGAAUCGCACAACCAAUAAUAGCAGAGAGGACCUGGAUGCUAAAGAUCUCGGAUAAAAACAAGUUUUACUUUCCUGCGUCACAAUCCAGAAAAGAUUUGGAAAUGCUAGUCUGUCCUGAAUCAGAUUGUGAAAAUCCAGGAAAGUAUCUCUUCAAAGACCUGGAUGGGAAAGCCUUGGGUCUGCCUCCACCAGUUUCUGUAUUUCCUAAAGCAGAUGCAGAAUGGACAGAAUCCUUCUUUAAGACAGGUACAUUUAGAGAAGAACAGAAAUGCACAUACCGAUAUGAGAUGCAUGGCUACAUUUGCAAGCAGACUGACCAAGUGGUCUUAAUUCUUGACAAUACCAAUGUUAUUUGGCAAGUGCAAAAGUUUUAUCCAGUUGUGUCUGUGACUGAUGGUUUUGUUGAUACCUUUAGUAGUGCAAAUACCAAUGCACCCUGCUUUUCUUCAGGGUCUGCAUCUACUUUCUAUUCUCUUUUGCCAACUGGGAAAAUCACCAAGGUCUGUUUUGCAGAUCAGACGCCUCAAGUUUUGCGUUUUUUUCUCGUGGGGAACAAAAACAACACAAAACUUCUCUUGGCUAUAUUCUACCAUGAACUUCAGAGUCCCCAUGUUUUCCUAGGUGAACACAUGAUUUCACCUACUCCGGUACAACCAAUUUCCUCGUUGCUCAAUGGAUCAAUAGGUGCCAACUAUUUUGACAUUAUAGAUAACCUCUUUUAUGUUGUCCUACAAGGAGAGGAACCCAUCGAAAUACAUUCUGGUGUUUCCAUCCAUUUGGCGCUCACUGUGUUAUUUUCAGCUCUAGAAAAAGGUUGGGAACUUCUGCUCCUUGAAAGACUAACUGAUUUCUUGCAGGUUAGCCAAUCCCAAAUCAGAAUCAUUCAAGAACUGCCUGGCAAUAAAGCAACCUUAAAGGCCAUUGCUGACAGUAAAGCAAAGAGAAAGCGCAAUUGCCCAACUGUGACGUGUUCCGGUUAUUAUGGACUUGGUCAGCGUAGACCUCUGACGAUGGAUAUGAGCUCAUAUAGGAUGUCACCACCAAACACUACGGAAAGUAUCUCAACAGUGAUCAUCGUUGAAAUUGGUGACUUACCAGUAAGAAGGAUGACUGGGUCGAUUUCAUCCUUAUCAAUGGACAAACUCCAGAUUUUGGCUCAAAAGAUUAUCUGUGCUCAACAGACAGGAAUGUUGGACAAUGUUCUGAAUAUGAAUAUUGGGGCCUUACUGGUCACCCAUUCAAAGGGAGUCACUGGCAAUGGAAACGUAAACAGUUUUCACACUGAGAACUUGAUAUAUGUCCGGCCUUAUACUCUUUUAAUCCUAACCCAACCUUCAGAUGGAGAAGUUGGAAAAGAACUCCCAGUACAACCACAGCUUAUUUUUCUGGACAAGGAGAAUCAUAUAGUGGAGUCCUUGGGAACCCCUUCAGAACCUUGGGUCAUUUCUGUUUCUCUGGAAGGGACACCGGAUUCAGUCCUGAGAGGGUGUACUCAGGCAGAAACUCGAGAUGGUUAUGUGAGCUUCUCCGACUUGGCAGUUUUGAUCUCUGGGUCAAACUGGCAUUUUAUUUUCACUGUCACUUCCCCUCCAGAGGCCAAUUUCACGGUUCGAUCUCAGCCUUUUUCUGUGUCCCCGGUGAUUAAGACAGAGAAGACAACAGUCAUCCUGGCUGUUUCCCUGUGCUCGGGAGUGUCAUGGUUGGCACUCUGCUGCCUGGUGUGCUGUUGGUUAAGGAGAAACAGAAGCAGAAAAAUAAAAAAUGAAGAGGUUUCUGAAUCCCUGACUAAUGAUCAAAAGAAUCACACCUCACCCAAACAAAGAUCGCAAGUAGAUACUGGAAAGGAAGACACCAAGAUAACAGAAGACAUGAAAAUGGCAGUCAUGCUGGGCCAGGUCCCAUCCCAGUCACUGAAUGGAGUGUCCAGGAGGAAGGUGAGCCGUCCUGCAGUCCCAGAGGAGGGUUACGUCCCAGCAGAGGCUGCCGUAUCUGCUCCCAGAAUUCCCAGCGUCCCAUCUCAUGCACACCCCCGUGCUCCAAACUCCGCUGAACAGCGAACGUACCUGCAGGAGAGGAGGGAUUGGAAAAAGGCCCAAGAGCAGUUGCUCCGGUACCAGCUGGCAGGCCAAGAUCAAAGGCUGCUGCUCCGCCCAGACCUCAGACAAAAGGUGCAACAAGUGCAACAGCAGAGACAGCUGGGAGAGAAAAAUGGGAACUUGAGAAUUUUCCAGGAAAUAAAACCCUCCAAUGGUGCCACUCAACACCCAGAAACUCUUCAGAACAACUGUAAUCAAGAAGAAAUCUAG